UCCAUAAUUGCCGUCACCUCUGUCUUCUCUAUGACCCAAUCUCAACUUUCUCCGAUCCCCACUUUCUUAAUCAUUCCUUUUACUUUUUAGUUUUAUCCUCCUUUUUCUUGCAUCACAAAUAACAACAAGAUAAACUAUAGUCUUUUCUUCGGCAUUCACAAAAACAAAGGUUGUAGUUAACGAGUUUGCUUUCUUCAAAGAUUGUGCAGUAUCGUUUCUGGGUAAGUGGGGAUUGAUUCAGUUUGUUUAAGAAUAUAUUCUCACAGAAAGUUAACUGAACAAGGAGCUCAUCUUUCUAGCUUAUCUGUUUUAGAUAAGCUAAAUUUUAGUUUUUUACAGAGCAUAAUUACAGAGAACAGGGGUAUAUUAGAAAAGUGUGUGUUUUCCUUUUUGGUGAUAUUGUGUUGAAGAAGUUUCAAGAAUUGGGUCAAUCUUGAAUUUUGUUGAAACUGUUUGGUAGAUCUUUUCUUGGUUGUUGCAAGAAAAGAUGGGUUCUUUUCCUGGGCAUGUUCUUCCUGGGACAUUGUUUCUUGUGAUUGGUGUGUGGCAUAUAUGGUCUGCUCUGGUUAGAUAUUCAUCGAAUCCCAAGUCAUUCAGGGUAAGGGUUUGGAGCCCUGUUCCGGGUUUUGAUGGGAAGUUGAAAUAUUUGGAACUUUAUGUGAUAGCAAUUGGAGGUUUUAUUGAUUUCUGUAUUGAGCUCUUCUAUUCGACACACCUCAAACUUCUCGUUCAUGGAGUUUUGAAUCCUACUCAUAUGAAUAACUUUGAGCAUGCUGGAAUGCUUCUCAUGUUCGUCAUCUUUGGUUUGAUUGUGCUACUUUCAGAGAAAACCAGUUUUCUUCCCUUGCCUGAAGGUGCUCUCUGCUUGAUCGCUGCCACAGCAUUCUCUGCAGAGUAUUUCUUGUUCUUUUUCCACUCCACAACUCACAAAGGCCUCGAAGGGUACUAUCACCUUAUCCUUGUCCUCCUGAUAGGCCUAUGCAUAUUGACGACUAUCGCUGGAGCUCUCAUGCCCACCAGUUUCCCUGUUGACUUGGCUAGCGGCAUUUCUGUAGCACUCCAAGGCCUCUGGUUCUAUCAAACUGCAUUCACUCUGUAUGGUCCUAUGAUGCCAGACGGUUGCCAACUCAAAGGGAACGAUGUCAUGUGUCGUUCAGAAGAUAGCGAAGUUCGAGGGGAGUUGCUAGCAAACCUCCAACUUUUCUCCAUGAUAUUUGUUGUCCUUGCUGCCACUACUGGAGCUUAUGGUUUUGCAGCUUCAAAGACUGGUCAUAAAGAUAUUAGGAAUUCUCAUGUGCCUCUUGAUGGUUAGGAACAUUGAUAAUAGUAUUAGCCAUUUUUGUAACAUAUUCUUUUGUUAGGGAAAGGCCUUGAAUGAAACAUUUGAGGAUAUUGCUCUUAAGUUAUUCAUUUGUCUAGCUUGGUAAGUGUCAAUUUGACACUUAAAAGUAGACUAUUGUUGUAUUGUUACUUUAAUUAAGGUAGCUGCUGGUAACUAUGGAUGGACAAAGCACAAAAAAAAAUUUAAAAAAUAUUAUUUUAAAUA